AAAGAACUUGCUGUAAACUGCCUUCGGGAGAGGUGUGGCCUGGAGAGAAAUCCAAAACCGGGCGCAAUACAUAAAUUCUCAAACCCUAGAGCCGGCACCACUCUCAGCCCAAUCAGAACAGUGCCUUUCCUUCUUCCCUCUGGGCUUAAACAACUUUCGAAAGAAGGGGGAGGAGAAACAGGGAAAAGUCCACACUUGGAAAGACGUUGUGGGCAUGGUAGUUCCGGGCAAAAAAAGCACACAGAACGGAAUGGCGAAGAGACAAUACAAAAGUAUUGAAGAGACUACGAUUCUACGGAAAGUAAAGUUACAAUUCCUCUAGAAGCAAAAAGAAAUUAAACUUUGAGAAAACAAGAGGCUCAGAGGUUUAAGGUAGAUCUCCCAGAAUCCCUUGCAUACUCGGCGACUGCGCAGCCGUCGCGCCUGCGCCUGGAGAGCCGGUUAGUAGCGGCUCCGAGAGACUAGCAGUUCAGACAGCUGGUUAAGGAAAAAGGUGCAGAGGAAAAUGUGGAUUUUCGGAUAUGGCUCCCUAAUCUGGAAAGUGGAUUUCCCGUAUCAGGAUAAACUGGUCGGGUCCAUCACGGGCUACAGCCGGCGCUUCUGGCAGGGCAGCACCGACCACCGCGGGGUUCCUGGCAAGCCUGGAAGAGUUGUGACUCUUGUUGAAGAUCCUGGGGGUUGUGUAUGGGGUGUUGCAUACCAACUACCAGCAGGAAAAGAAGAGGAAGUAAAAGCUUAUCUGGAUUUCAGAGAGAAAGGAGGCUACAGGACUACAACAGUCAUUUUCUACCCAAAAGAUCACACCAUGAAACCAUUUAGUGUAUUAUUAUAUAUUGGAACUUGUGAUAAUCCUAAUUAUCUUGGUCCAGCCCCUCUGGAAGACAUUGCUGAACAGAUUUUAAAUGCAGUUGGUCCUAGUGGAAGAAAUACUGAAUAUCUUUUUGAACUUGCAAAUUCCAUUAGGAAUCUUGUGCCAGAAGAUGCAGACGAGCAUCUCUUCUCCUUGGAAAAAUUAGUAAAAGAACUUUCUGAACAAAAACAGAAUCUCAAUUGCAUAUAGAUAAUCAUUGAUUUUCAAAAUAAACACUAUCUUCAGGGUAAUGAUUUCCCCUAAAUGUCAUAAUCUUUUUCUUAAUGGUGUAUUCAGAAUAACAUAGUUUGCUAUUUGUAAUCUGCACUGGAAAAUCUGCACAUACAUUUGUAUUCAAGCAUUUUUUAAAUUCCCAAGCUAAAUCACAUUUAAGUAACAUCCAAUAUAUUCUUGGUUUAGAAAUAUACAGGUAAAGAAAUCUUCAUGCGUCCUGUUUUGAGAAUGUUAAACAAAUUACUAAUUUGAUGAUAAGUAGAAGAAAAAUGAAAUAACCUCAGUACUCUUGCCUGUUUUAAUCUUAAAAUGUAGUUUUCUGAUAUCAGAUCUUCUCCCUCACUAAUGUGGAUGCAUGAAAUAAAAUGCUCAGUAACUUUGUCCUUUGAGAUAAGCACUAGAAAUCUAUUUUAGGAGAACAACUAAAUUUUACUCUAGCCCAUCAAAUAUGGAAAAUAAUCUCUAAAUCUACCCAUCUGCCAGUAAAAUACCAUUUUGAAGUUACUGGUGAACCAAACUGAAACCUGAAAUUCUGUAACAUGUAUCUGUGCUUGUAAAAUUAAUUCUAUAACAAACCAU